GGGGAUGUUGGGAAUUACUACUAUGGCCAGGGUCAUCCCAUGAAACCCCACAGAAUCCGCAUGACCCACAACCUCCUGCUCAACUAUGGGCUGUAUAGGAAAAUGGAAAUUUAUCGGCCGCAUAAAGCCAAUGCCGAAGAAAUGACCAAGUAUCACAGUGAUGAUUAUAUCAAGUUCCUCCGUUCCAUCCGCCCAGACAACAUGUCUGAGUACAGCAAGCAGAUGCAGAGAUUUAAUGUAGGAGAGGAUUGUCCUGUCUUUGACGGCUUAUUUGAGUUCUGUCAGCUCUCAGCAGGUGGAUCUGUUGAUUACCCGCUCAGGGAUGGUAUAGAUGACGAGUCCUACGAAGCCAUAUUCAAACCUAUCAUGGCCAAAGUGAUGGAGAUGUACCAGCCCAGUGCUGUGGUGCUCCAGUGUGGCGCUGACUCCCUGUCUGGAGAUAGAUUGGGCUGCUUUAACCUCACCAUCAAAGGUCAUGCCAAGUGUGUGGAAUACAUGAAGAGCUUUAACCUGCCGCUGCUCAUGCUGGGAGGUGGAGGCUACACCAUCAGGAAUGUGGCCCGCUGCUGGACCUAUGAGACGGCUGUAGCGCUAGACAGCACCAUUCCCAAUGAGCUCCCGUACAAUGACUACUUUGAGUAUUUUGGACCUGAUUUCAAACUUCACAUCAGCCCCUCCAACAUGACCAAUCAAAAUACAAAUGACUAUCUGGAAAAAAUCAAACAGCGUCUGUUUGAGAAUCUGCGGAUGUUGCCUCAUGCUCCAGGGGUUCAGAUGCAGGCGAUCCCAGAGGAUGCUGUUCAGGAAGACAGCGGAGAUGAGGAGGAUGACCCUGACAAACGCAUCUCCAUCCGUGCCCACGACAAGCGGAUAGCCUGCGACGAGGAGUUCUCAGACUCUGAGGACGAAGGACAGGGCGGCCGGAGAAAUACAGCCAAUUACAAGAAGCCUAAACGAGUGAAGACUGAAGAAGAGAAGGAUGGAGAAGAGAAGAAAGAUGUCAAAGAAGAAGAGAAGGCUUCAGAAGAAAAAAUGGACACAAAGGGGUAAGUUCUCUCACAUCGUGGAUUAUGAAAUAUGUGCUCAGGUUUUCUGGUUGUGUAAAACAUCACUCUAAAUGGCAG